AUGAACCUUAUUACGACCAUUAUUGCUAUCACCCUCAUUCUCUCCACACUCCUAGCCAUCGUCUCCUUUUGAUUACCGCAAAUAAACCCCGACCACGAGAAGCUCUCCCCAUACGAAUGCGGGUUCGACCCCCUCGGGUCGGCUCGCCUGCCUUUCUCCCUUCGAUUCUUCCUAGUUGCCAUCCUAUUUCUCCUAUUUGACCUAGAAAUCGCACUACUCCUUCCCCUCCCCUGAGGGGACCAACUAGAUACCCCCUUAACAACCUUCGUCUGAGCUUCCGCCGUCUUAGCCUUACUAACCCUCGGCUUAGUUUACGAAUGAAUACAAGGGGGCCUAGAAUGAGCCGAAU